GCGCCCUUUGGGUUCCCGUCGGUAAAGUGAUCCCACCACGUGCCCUCUGCCGUCACCAUGACUCGCUGGAUCGUGGCCCUCGUCCUCUGUGCCUGUGUGGCGGUCACCCUGGCAGACAAAACUCCUUCGACAGCUUCCUGUGAGGCUCUCGCAGCUCAAAUCAGCACCGAAGGGAAGAAGCGUUGGGAUGGGCCUUCCCACACAUUUUGUGGAGAGGAUCUAAAUGAGAGAAGAAAUGCUUACUGUAACUGUCAGGUUGUGCCAAGGAAGAGGGAACUUGAUCUGUCGGAGUUCCUGCCUUCCGGGAAAGCCAACGCCUUCCUCUCUGGCCGCCGCAUCACCAAGCGCAGCUUGUCAGAGGAAUGCUGCCACGAGGGUUGCUACUGGGAGGAGAUUGAAGAGGUCUGCUAAGAGGGGCCAGCAUCACGAACCCUUCGGCCAGACUUGUUUAGACCCCUUUUUUUGCCACACCACCAUCGUAUAGUUUUCGCCGUCCAUCGGUUGGGAAACUAUGGACGGUCAUGGGGACAAAAACACAAGAACCAUUUCAAAAUUAAUUAAACCAAAACCUCUGACAGCUAUUUAAGCGGUUAAGUAACGCUACUACCUCAUACCAUUUGCAAAUACCGAAGUCUGUAACGUUUAUGAAACAAUUGCAAUCUGAGGCAUAAACAAAUUUUGGUAAUCAUUGGCCGUCUAUACAAAAAUGGCGGUCGAUGUUUGAAUAAAAAAAAAGAAAGGUCUAUAAGCACGCAAGCAAGGAAUCCCUAUUCAACCAAACUAACCUUGGCACGUACUCGACAAAAGGAUCGAUUUUAUUUCAAUUACGUAAUAAUUAAUUAUUAAGUUCAUACUUUUCUUGUGCUUAGGUCUUAUGACAUUUAUAAUUCGUUGGUGAUAUGUAGUGGAAAACAAUAACAGCGUAAUUAUUUUGAAAUGAAAAAUAUUUCAGACGUUUGGAAGCUCAAAAAUACUUGGAUUUACAUUUGUUUUUAACUUUUUCCAGUACCUAUCUACUGAAAAAUCCAAAAUGAAUAGUGGAGAAUAUAAAGCAAUCAGUUUUUCCAUUUAAAUUUGAUUUGAACCUAACUCUGCUUUACGCUUUUAUGAUAUUGCGGAUUUGUUUAAUAGUGGAGUGGUUUCCAAAUCGACCAGAAGCCAGAAGAGGAAAAAAUCUUCACAAUACAUAACGAAAAAUGAAGAAAGGAUCAAGGUUCUAAUAAUUCUCAUAUUUAAAAGCUUUUUCAAUACUUAUUUUAACGUCUUUAAUUUUAAACCUUACUUGUUAAAACUGUACAAAUAUGAUAGUUAUUGCCCAAUGUAUAAAGGUGUAAAUAAAUAUUGCAGUGGCCUGCAGUUAAGGUAUUCA